GGACGCCCUGCCCUCGCUCCUCUCCUUGCCCCCCGGGGUCCUGCCAACCACGACCGGCGUUUUCCCCUUCGACGCCGCCGAAGCCAAUAGGCGCCCGGCUGGGCUUUAAGUAGGCCAAGCCGCUUCCUGGUUCUCGGAAGGCGGAGCAGGAGGAGUUGGAGUGGGCCAGAGGAGGCAGUCACCUCCGGCGAGGGGGUGGAGGUUUGACCGGCUGUCCAAAGACGACACCGCGGGACCAAGUUGUGAUACAAAGUGUAGGAGUGCGAGCGAGUCUGUGGAUUCGAUGAGGGGAUUCCAAUUAUUUAUUUAAAAAUUAUAAAAUAGACGAAAAACAGACAGCGUGGGUCGACACGAACCAGGAAGUGAGCGGUGGGAGGCGACGAGUACCAGGACAGGUGACAGGUAUAUGACCUCAGUUAAGACUCAGCAAAAAGGAGUGAGACGGAAGACGAGCCAUUCUCUCUGCUGUUUAUGGACUGCAGGCGGUGAUGUCUUCAGGUGAGGACGGUCUGAUUGGAAUCCCCUUCCCAGAGCAUAGCAACGAGCUGCUCUCCCACCUCAAUGACCAAAGGCGCUCGGGGCUCUUGUGCGACCUCACUCUGACCUCUCGUGGGGCACGCUACCCGACCCACCGCGCCGUCAUGGCCGCCGUCAGUCUAUAUUUCCGCCGGCUCUUCGGGGCAGAGGAAGGUGGCUGUGGUGAGGGUGGCGGAGGUUUCAGUGUGUGCCAGUUGGACUGCGUGGCGCCCGACGCCCUGGAUGCCCUGCUGGAAUUUGCAUACACAGCCACUCUGACCAUCCCCUGUUCUGGAAUGAGGGACGUCCUGCGGGGUGCUCAACUUCUUGGCAUCCAGUGUGUGGCGGAUGCCUGCAGGGAUAUCCUGGGGGAGAAGGCUGAGCAGGAUGACGAAAAGGAGCCCGGAGACCAGCGCGCAGCGGCCGUUCAGCGGUCUGAAGGAGAGAAUGAAUCCCGCAGAAAAAUGGACCGAAAGAAGUUGAAAAAAGUUGGCCCACAUCACAUCAACUCAUUGUUGAACCCACCGCCCGCUUCUCCAGUCUCGUACCCUUCGCCUCUAUCGGAGAGCUUGCGCUUGCGGACCCCAGCCCAGCCCCCCAGCCCGGAAUCAGAGGAGCCCUUCUUCAGGGGGUGGCAAAACGGCAAUCCAGGAGCAGUCAGAGUACCGGAAAGGAGCCCCACGCUAACUGGAGGCCACCUACAUUGGAUGCCCCAACGCCCCCCACCUCCGGCCGUGCCCCCAGAGGACAAACUGUCCGAGGAAGAAGACAUGGAGGCCUUUGGCAAUGAAGGCACGCUGAUGGAAAGCACCUCCACCACUUCUCCUGCGACCGAGCGAGCAGAAGGCGCGGGGGCGGCCUCGGCGACAAUAACGACAGGGGUCGGCAGGAGGAGAAAGUCGCAAAUGCCUCAGCAGUGUCCAGUCUGUCAGAAGAUCAUCCACGGAGCAGGAAAACUGCCGCGACAUAUGAGGACACACACCGGAGAGAAACCCUUCCAAUGCACUGCCUGCGGGGUUCGCUUCACCAGGAAUGACAAAUUGAAGAUCCACAUGAGAAAGCACACGGGCGAGCGGCCCUACUCCUGUCCGCACUGCACCGCCCGCUUCUUGCACUCGUACGACCUGAAGAACCACUUGUCCUUGCACAGCGGCGCGCGGCCCUUCGAGUGCCAGCUCUGCCACAAAGCCUUCGCCCGGGAGGACCAUCUCCAGCGCCACCGCAAGGGACACAGCUGCCUGGAGCUGCGCAUGCGGCGGCCCAGAGCAGAAACCGACGAGCAAGAAGAGGCAGACAUAAACGGAGGUGAGCGCAUUGAUUCCCUGGAGCCUCCGCGGGCCCACUCCUCUUCGCUCCUGCGGCCCACCAUGCUUGAAGGCGGGAUGUUCCAAGCAGACAUCGACAGGGAGCGCUCACUUGCCUUGCAGGCUCUCGCGCAGCUCAGCCCGCAGCAGUUUGCCAACUACCACGCCCUCUAUCUACGAGGUAUGGAAAUGCGAGGGAGCGGGGAAGGUGAGACAAAAGACUCAGGGGGAGUCAACAUGCAGCGUCACAGCUGGCCACCGGUGGCGGGGGAGAAGAUUGGUGAGGUGGAGGAAGAAUAGUCAAUGUUAAGGAAUAUGUGUGUUUGCGUGUGUGGUAUUUAAUCCACAUUAAAAAAAUUGUAAUCUCACUCAGGUGGCUGAACCUGCUCCAUGUGGAGAGCACUUAGAAAAAGCAAAAAAAUGGAAAACGGGUUUUCUGAGGCGUUUUAAAUGUUUGAUCACUGGCUCUUAGCAGUUGGAAUUUGUGUCUCCUUUCUUUUAAGUUCAAGCUUUUCUGUCUAGCUGUGCGUGCUAUUAAUUGCGGUUACUGGGAUGUUUUUCACUUUACCUAAGAAUAUUAUAUUUUUGCGAGAUUUUGUAUGUAUUAUUGCACAUCCAGCUCAGCCGAGUGCUGUUUAUCUUUGCUUGGAUUUGGUGCAGGAACCAAAGAUGUAGUUAUUUGAUAACUUUAAACAAAGAAAGAAAUGUAGCCAAUGUUGGGUUCAAAGAACCCUGUCAAGUUUCCUUCUGUUUAGAAAAAUUCUGCUUCCAUGUAUGAGCUUCGUUUUGUGUUGAAUGACCAAAAGAGACCCAGUCUUGGUCAAUGUUGAUUUCCUCCUUCAAAGACGGUUGAUUUCAGUUUACCAACACACAAAUGUGGCUUCCUUAGUAGAGACGAAGGUGAUGGGAUGAAUGGGAGCAUUGGCCUUUUUUUUGUAUUUAUUUAUUUAUUGUUUUUAUUUAUAGUUCUCCUUCUUUGCAAGAUCAAAUCCAGGGUUCAUCACCAGUCUUACUGUGUGAAAUUGUGGCGUCACAUCCGUUCCUUGUGGUCAACCAAUGCAUUCCUUGCACAUGUCAGGUAGUACUACACAGAAACAUUCCAGCCUUCUUACAAUAGCUGUGAGAUUCAAUGGAAAGGGGCCAUUUGUGGCCCGCCAGUACCUUUUAUUUAGCCGGCCAUCCGAUAUAUUCACUCACUAUCGCUUUUAAAGGGCUUACAAAAAGGAAAUGACCAAGGAAAGAGGUUGGCCUACCCUUGCGUUUAGAACUCCAAAGGUGGAAAUCAUUUAUGUAGCAGGAAGGCCAAAUGAGUAGAGCAUGUAUAGUGUGUUGAGUCUGUUGUCUACCCUAUCAAACGAGCUCAGGAGACACCAAAAGUACCCACCGAACAGCUUAAUUCACACCCUGCGACAUCAUUAUACAAAAUUGUUUUUUUUUUUUAAAACAUCUUAAUGACGAAAAAAUGCAAUUUUUUGGAUAAAGACUCAGCCAUAUAAAUCUAUUCCCAUUCCGUUAUAUUCCAGUGGGUUGUUUAUUUUCUCAGUUGUGCUACAUAAAUUACCUCACAGCUCACGUGAUUGAAAGUCACUCAUGUUCAUUUGUCUCUCCCAGAUCGGACAUCUAGCGCCGUCAAUGGCAGCAAAUUAGUUAAGUGAGUGCUGUGUAGCGGUUAUUUUUUUAAGAACAUUGUCCAUGAAAGACCCAUAUAUUGUGUCUGCAACAUCUCUAAUACUUAUCUAGGUUGUCAGCCAUGUUCUUAUCCGAUUUGUAGUGACAUUUUCCAUUUCACACUUCCCGACAGUCUUGAAUGCAGCACAACUUGCUUAGACUUUCUGUUGAAACAAAUUAUAAUAACAAAGAUGCAGUGAUGAGUAGUUGUGAAUUGUCCAACAUGAUCAUUUGAGACUUAAACUAAAUGAAUAAAUAAUUUCCAUAUACUUUGAAUGUCCAUUUGAUAGUGUAUUAAAAUUUACAAUGAUAUACUACUGUACAUUAUAUACAGUUAAAUGUAUACAAUGGGAUGAGGUUGCCUUAGUUUCUUUUGUUGUGAUGCACUUCUUCUUCUUCUCAGGAACUCUUGAGCAAUGCACUAAGUGGUUAUAGGACAUUGAAAAUGGGGAAAUAUGAUGUGGGUGAACUCCGACAAGCUCUUAAUGCAAAACUGAGCACGAUAGUUUAAAAAAAAAAAAAAAAAAAAAAAAUGGACUUGUGAAUAGUUUAUAUUCUAAGUUGGUUUAAAAGGCAUUUACAUGAACUACUGGUCUUAAAUGGGAGUAAGUGCUCCAAAUGGUCCAAUUGGAGUGAAAAAAUGAAUGGGUUAAUGAGUGAGUGUGACUCAGUGCCAGCUGUGAAGUUGUACCUCUCUAUAUACAUUUUAGUGGGUUGGGUGAAGGGAAGGUCCAAGACCACCUCACUAUCAGGGAUACGUUUUAUUUUUGUCCUUUAGUUUCUACUUUAGCAAACCUUUACUUAAUGUCAUGUCCUUUCUCUUUUUCUUUCAAAUGUCAAGAAACACAAAUGACAAAUAAAAACAAACAUAUCCAAG